CCAGCCAGUGUUCCUCUGCAACGUCAUUGAGUGAUGAGGAAGUGCGAGUCGCGGCUGGAAAGUGUCGAAAUUAACCCCGUCUUAGUCAUGUGAGGUGCAAAUCCAGUUCGCUAUAAAAAUGGUCAGAUAAGAACCACAAGCGGUGUUACCCUUUUUUUUAAGUGCUCGCAUCCCCAGAAAAGUGAUUCGAGAUGGAUAUGAUGACCGAGGGCGAGACCGUGUACAACUCGCACGAUGACUCCCACGUCGUCAUGUCGGAGAAGGUGCAAUCUCUGGCGGGCAGCAUUUACCAGGAGUUCGAGCGGAUGAUUUCCCGCUACGACGAGGAUGUGGUCAAGGACCUCAUGCCCCUCGUCGUCAACAUCCUGGAGUGCUUGGACCUCGCCUACACAGAAAACCAGGAGCAUGAGGUGGAGGUGGAGCUGCUACGAGAGGACAACGAGCAGCUCGUCACCCAGUAUGAGCGGGAGAAACAGCUCAGGAAGACCUCCGAGCAGAAACUGCUGGAGAUCGAGGAUGGCAUGGAGGAGGAGCGCAAGCAGUACCAGGCGAAGGUGGAGAGCCUCGAGUCCAUCGUGAGGAUGUUCGAGCUCAAGAACCGAAACGCCACCGACCAUGCAAACCGCAUGGAGGACAAGGCAGACGAGCUCAAGAAAGAGUAUGCUAAGCUUCACGAGCGCUACACAGAGCUCUUCAAGACGCACAUGGACUACAUGGAGCGCACCAAGAUCCUCAUGGGCACCGACAGAUUGGACCAGCUGGGCUCGUCCAGAGGAAGAAUUCCUGGCUUCACACUAGCCAAUCUCAACAGUCUACCGCAUUACAGAUCAUCUGGACCCGUUUCCUUUGGCUUCAGCUCGCUGGAUCCAAACAAGUCGGUGUCUUCCCCGUGGACAUGACUGGUUCUGCCAACGGCACCCUGCAAGUCUCAUCACUCAAGAAUGAACUGCAGGAAGCACAAGUCGGCCCGGACA